AUGUCUUUUGUCGGAAAAUCUCCAUUGAAAGGGGAAUGGCAUCACAAGCCCUCUACGGACCUUAGAAUUCGAAGCUCCAUCCAUAAUCCAGAUUUGGAGUCGGAUAGGUCAGUUAAGAAGUCAAGAACGUGUCGGGCAGUAUCCGAAUGGGCAAGUCUUCCCAAGGACAUUCUCUUUUCGGUGUUGUGCAAGUUGUUCGAAAUGCGCGGGCGGGAUGAGUUGAAGAAGUGCUACGACUACUACGUCCGUAAGGUUGUAUUAUCCGCCGACCCCUGUUUGAAUCCGGAUAAUUAUGUGGCUGUGGCAAUCUAUGACUAUCAUGGCUGGUUGGCUUUCAUCAAAGCAGGACAAAGAGUGUUGUUCAACGAGGACGAUGGGAAAGUUGUGAAGCAGGAUCCGGUAGACAGCAUCGGGGAUGAUGCUUUGUUCUUAGGUUAAUUAAUUAAUCAUUCAAUGGCCGUUUUGGCUUCAAACUUUCCUAGGUGCCAACCAAAUUCUAUUUACUUCACAAGUUACACUGGAUAUGGUGGUUCGGGUAUCUAUAAUAUUGCAGACAAAACUGUCACACAACACUACCCGGCCUCCAGAUCCUAG